AUGUCAUCAAUAACAUCAAAGAUUGUUCUAGGAUUAUCAUGUGUUUUAACAGCCGCCACGGUAACCUAUGUACAUGUAAAACAACAGGUUGAUAGGGACAAAAUGCAUGAAGGUGUUAUAAAAGAUGUAGAACGCCAGCAGAAAAGGAAAAUUGAAAAUCUGUAUUUAAUAGAAAAGCAAAAUGAAUUUGCAAAACAACUUAAAAGGGAUUUGGAAAAAUCAUAA